AUGCAAAGCGUGCUGAUAUCCGUAGUUUUUCGUCAACUUUCUGUCAAUUUUCCUUCUAGUUCCUCCGCGACUGUGAACAAAAAUUUUACUCGUACCGUCUCUUUUCCCUUCUCUAAAGAAAUGUCGAAGCAACAAGACAACAACGACCUGUCUCAGGGAGUGGGCAAUAUAGACUUAAACAGGAAGAAUGAACAACGUUUCAAUCCUAACAGUGCUUCCUCGUUUCAGCCUAGCUUCAACCCUCAAGCCCAGAACUUUGUUCCUGGUCAAUAUCAAGAAUCCCAAAGUUAUCAAAACUACCAAGGUUAUCAAAGCUACCAACAGAAUCAGGGAUUUCAAGCUCAGCCUGGCUACCAGCAGCCCUAUCAACAGGGGUAUCAAGCGUACCAAGGUUAUAACAACUUCUAUCAACCACCAGCUGAACCUCAGACUAAGGCCAUGUCUUUGGAGGACUACAACAAACAGAAGGAGCAAUCCAAGAACUCUUUGAAUGCAAAACCAAAGAGAACUUUGAAGCUAAGCUCCAGUUCUGGAAUUAAGAUAGGAGGUAAAAAGGAAGAACCAAAAACCGAGACCAAGCCUGAAACUAAAACUGAGGCAAAGACUGACCCAAAGCCUGCUCAGAAGGAAGAGCCAAAAGUUGAAGUACCUAAAGCGAAGAGUGAAAACAAAAUAGAGUCUAACACUGAAUCCAAGACCGACAGCAAAGCUGGAUCGAAAACCGAAAGCAAGUCGGCAUCAAAAGUAGAGAGUAAGGCAAGUCUCGCUGCCGAUACGCUCCCCAAAGAAGAUGACAUAAAUGAAGAGGUUAUCAACGAUUUGUUUGGUGGAAAAGAUCAUAUUUCCAUUCUUUUUAUGGGUCACGUCGAUGCAGGUAAAUCUACCAUGGGUGGUAAUCUACUCUACUUGACCGGCUCUGUGGACAAGAGAACUAUUGAUAAGUAUGAGAAAGAAGCUAAAGAUGCUGGUAGACAAGGUUGGUACCUAUCGUGGGUGAUGGACACCAACAAAGAAGAAAGAAAUGAUGGUAAAACAAUCGAAGUUGGAAGGGCAUAUUUCGAAACUGAAAAACGCCGAUACACCAUCUUAGAUGCCCCUGGACACAAAAUGUACGUUUCUGAAAUGAUUGGAGGUGCUUCUCAGGCUGAUGUUGGAAUUUUAGUUAUUUCUGCGAGAAAGGGUGAAUAUGAAACUGGAUUUGAGAAAGGUGGUCAGACCAGAGAGCAUGCUUUACUAGCAAUGAACCAAGGUGUCAGCAAGCUCGCAGUCGUUGUAAACAAGAUGGAUGACACUACUGUCAACUGGUCCAAAGAGCGCUAUGACGAGUGCACUGCAAAACUUGCUGCAUUCCUGAAAGCUAUUGGUUACAAGAAGGAAGAUGUUUUAUUCAUGCCCGUUUCUGGAUACACUGGUGCAGGAUUGAAGGAGCCAGUUAAUCCAACUGAAUGCCCAUGGUACAAAGGACCAACUCUAUUAUCUUAUUUAGACAGUAUCGAUAUUCAAAACAGAAAAGUUAAUGGUCCAUUUAUGUUGCCUAUUGCUGGAAAGAUGAAAGAUUUAGGGACUGUUGUUGAAGGUAAAAUUGAAUCUGGUCACAUCAAGAAAGGAAGUACUUUGAUUAUGAUGCCUAACAGAGUCUCCGUUGAGGUGUUAACCAUAUAUAAUGAGACUGAAGAAGAAGCUGAUCAGGCUAUUUCUGGCGAGCAAGUUCGUUUGCGUAUAAAAGGAGUGGAAGAAGAAGAUGUGUCUAACGGUUAUGUCUUGACUUCCCCUAACACUCCUAUCAAAACAGUGACUCGUUUCGAAGCUCAGAUUGCAUUUGUUGAGCUCCCAUCUAUUGUUUCCACUGGAUUCUCAUGCGUCAUGCACGUUCAUACUGCAAUUGAAGAGGUGACUAUUGUGCAAUUGAAACAUAAGCUAGAAAAGGGCACCAAUAGAAGAUCCAAGAAACCUCCAGCUUUUGCUAAGAAGGGAAUGAAAGUGAUCGCUGUACUUGAAACCCCCGAGCCUGUAUGUGUUGAGACUUACGAGGAUUAUCAUCAGCUCGGACGUUUCACUCUUAGAGAUCAGGGAGCUACAAUUGCCAUUGGUAAAAUUACUAAAUUGUUGUAA